GAAGAUAUAGUCAGUUUGAAACCAAACACCGGUCAAUAAAGUUGUAUCGAUUUUAAAACGAACAUUUUUUUAUAAAUAAAAACGAAAAACUUAAAAAAAAAAUAAAACAAAAUAAAUAAAACGAAAAUGCGUAUCUUGUCCAUUUGUUGUUCGGUGCUGUUAAUCACCAUGUGCAUCAUUAUGCAACAGCAGAGUGUUGAAGCAAAACCUUUUAUAUUUAAGUUCUUUUUGCCACAAGGUCCAGCACGUACUGCUAGUUCCUCCUCUUCAACAUCGUCUUCAUCCUCCUCAUCGUCUUCUUCAUCUUCCAUCUCAACUGGUAUAGACUUUUCCAGCAUUAUAAGUACAAAAAUAAAUCUUUUAUCCAGCCUUUUGCAAUCUGGCCUUAGAAGUAGUGCUAGUGGUCUUAAUAUUGGCUUUAAUAAAUUCUUCCCUAAUACUCAAGUUACCUCCACUAGAAGACCUUACACUUCUACAACUGCUACUACACCUGAUGAUGAGUUUGAACCAGAAUCAUCGACAUCUUCGAGCAGUAGUGUAGACUCGAAAACUACAACUAGCACAACAACUACUACUGAAUCUUCUAAUUCUUUUGAUUCUUCUGAAAUUAUUGACAAAACUGGAAGUGAUAACAAUUCAGGCUCUUCAAGCUCUACUGAAAGUAAUGCUAAUGGAGGUUCAGAUAAUGCUAGCAAUCAAAUCUGGAUAACUACCGAAAAGAGUGGAGUUGAUUCUACUACCGCUAAGGCAACCACCGAGAAGUCUGAUAAUGAGGAGACUACAUCUAAGGUAACCACUGAAAAGAAUGGUUAUGAUUAUAACACUUCUAAGGUAACCACUGAAAAGUCAAGUAAUGAAGAUAGUGAUGACUCUGCAUCGAAAGUAAGCACUGAAAAGUCAGAAAAUGGAGGUUAUGAUUACACUACUUCCAAAGUAGGCACUGAAAAGCCCAGUGGAGGUUAUGCUUACACAACUUCCAAGGUAAACAGUGGUGACUCAGGAAAAGAAGGUUAUGAAUACACUUCAUCCAGCACUCAAACUUCUACCGAUAAAUCAAGUAAUACAGGUUAUGACUAUACUACUUCCAAAGUAAGCACUGAAAAGUCGGAAAAUGGAGGUUAUGAUUACACUACUUCCAAAGUAAGCAGUGAUAACUCUGGAAAGGAAGGUUAUGACUAUGACAAACACAUUGGUGGUUAUAAUUACGACAACUCAAAGGUUUUACCCGAUGACAGCGGUUAUGAAUACACCACCUCCCGAGUAACUACCUAUAAACCAAAUGGUUAUAAAUACUCAACAGUCAAAACCGGUUACAGUUAUGAGAAUGCAAUGAGCGAAAAUGAAAUCUCCAAUGAAAUACCCACUGUCAACAAUCAAUAUUUACCCGCUUUUUAAAUUACUUAGAUAGAUUUUAAUAUUUUUCUUAAACGACAACAACAAGCCCAUAAUUAUUGUAGUUUAAAAUAUGUUUUGUGAUUCUGUAUGGAAAUUCAAGAUAUUUGCAUGGGGUGUGGUAAAGAAUUAAGUAAAUAUAACAAGAACUAGAUAUAUGUUUGUAUACUUAGUAUUAGAGAAGUAUGUUUAAGAAUAUGUAUAAUGUAUGUAUGUAUGUUAAUUUGACUUUGACGAUCAUCAUCAUUAUUAUGAUGAUCUUUAUUAUAAUGAUGAGUGUAUUUAGCAUAUAAGCUCCAUACAACAUGACAAGACUUGAUUUUAUAAUUUUUAAGUUAAUAACAAAUUUUUUUUAAUAAAUAAUGUGUAAAAAAAAUUAACAAA